AUGUUUAACAAAAAAUUAUUAGUAAUAAAGACAGAAAACUACUCAUAAUAAUAAUUAGAUCAAUUAGCUUAAAAAGGAAUCCAAUCAUCUCAUUUGAGUCUGUUGUAAUUUGUGUAUAAAUAAUUUGAAAUUGAUCAGGCAAUAAAUUAUGAUUGUAAGUGUAAAUUGAUAAUUAUUGAAAGAUAUUUUAUUUCAUAGUGUUAAUGGAGUUUAAUCAUAUAUACAAAGUCUAACUAAAUGUCAAACAAAAAAUUAUUUAGUUGUUGGUAAUAAAACUAAAGAGAAAAUUGAAAAAGAAUUAGGAUUCAAUUCAAUUUAGGUAUUCAACAAUUAGAAUGAAUUAACAACAUAUUUGCUAUCCUUAAAUUAAAAGUUAAAUUUGUUAUACAUUAUUGGAAAUUUAUCAGAAAUAGGGAUUGAACUUUAAAGUAUAAUAAAUUUUAAAAUUAGAAAAACAUUAAAUGACAAUAAUUGAAGGUUAUCAAACCUAAUCAAAUAAUGAGAAGGAUAAGUAAAAUUAUGAUUUUAGAGAAUUUGAUUUCAUAGUAUAUUAUAGCAAUUCAAAUUAUAAUCAAUUUAAGGAUAUGUAAAAAGAAUUAAAAGAUAAUGUACUUCAUAUAUUUAUUGGAUAAAAAUGUAGUUAAGGUCAUAAUGAGAAGAAUUUUAAAAUAUUAAAUACUCCAACAUUUGAUUGCCUAUUAGAAUGUUUAUGA